AUGGCAUUUGACUCUUCUCUCAACGGUAACACUUCGCGCCGGCUGUUACUCAAAGGCGGCACUGUCCUUGUCCACGACGCCAAUGACAACGUCCAAGCUCUGGAAAGAGACAUCCUCAUUGAAAACAACCGAAUCUCCAAGAUAGCCGAGAAUAUUAGCGGCAUCACUGACGCUGAGGUGAUUGAUUGCACCGACAAGAUCAUCUCACCUGGCUUCAUCGACACGCACCAUCAUCUUUGGCAGACCCAGCUCAAGGGACGACAUGCAAACGAACUACUUCUCGAUUACAUGGCUUCCGGCAAUCUCCAAUCUUCAAACUAUACGAAAAGUGAUAUCUACUGGGGGCAACUUGGAGGUUCUCUCGAAGCAAUCAAUGCAGGCACCACCACUGUCGUUGAUCAUUCGCACGUCAAUGUCUUUGCUGGAGCUGCCCCAACUGCCAUCUCAGCCGUUGUUUCCUCUGGUCUGCGCUGUGUCUAUGGCUACUGCCCAACUGCUCGCGUUGCAUCAUGGUCACCUUUUGCAAUGAACUCUGAUAUGCUUGCACCGUGGGUCAUGGACGAGAUCCAGGAGCUAGGCAAGAAGGCUCCCUUUGGCGACGGACUCGUUACUAUGGGCCUGGCUUUUGAUCUCUGGUUUCUGCCAGAACAAGUCGUCAAAGACCUAUUCGACCGUGCCCGUGAAGCUGGUAUCGAGUUGGCGACAACUCAUGCUGUUAGUAACCCACAGAUGGGAUCUUAUGAUCUCGUUCAGCAGAUCAAGAGCCUCGGCUUGUUAGACAAUCGCAUGCUCUUCAGCCAUCUCAACGGAUAUGCCGUCGAGAGCGUCAAGGACCUUGCCGAUGCUGGAGCACAUAUUAGCAGCACUCCCUCCACUGAAAUGCAAAUGGCCCUCGGAGAUCCCGUGUGCUUGAACGAUGACCUUCCCCAGGCUCAAGCCCAGUCUAGUCUAGGCAUCGACUGUCACAGUAACCAGGCCUCUAGCAUAGUAUACGAGAUGAGACUGGGCUUGCAGGGCUCGAGGGCCAAGCAUAACCAGAGACUGAUCGACCAAGAUCUAGCCCCUCGCAAGAUCUCCAAGACAGUACAGGAUGUGUUCAAUCUAGGGACAAUUCAGGGUGCCAGGGCGAUUGGGAGGGAGAGUCAACUUGGCAGCAUUGCUGAAGGCAAACUGGCCGACUUGGUGAUUUUUGACGCCAACACUCCCGAACUAAUCUGUGCUGCUGAGCAAGACCCCAUUGCAGCCGUUGUCUUGCACAGCAGUAUCGGAAACGUCGACACAGUCAUCGUCGAUGGAAUUAUUCGAAAGCGUCAAGGCAAGCUUGUUGGUGUGACCGUGGAGGAAAGCAUGGCGGAUGUUACCGAUAAGCGCUCUUUGGAGUGGGCGGAUGUUGCUAAAGCGAUGAGAAAGUCUCGCGCUGAGAUUCUCCAGCGCGAAGCAGAGAAGCAGAACCUGGAUGAUGUUAAGAAGGGAGUGAUCAGCAGCUUCAAUAUUGACUUGUCAAAGCUGAGGGAUUGA